UGUAAGCGCGCGAGGUCCUUUUUGAUUGGAUAAUGCAAUUAAUUGAUUCAAGAUGGUGGAAAUUUGCGAGAGAGGAGAAGCCGGCGUCCUGUUUUAAUGCUUGCUACAUUUUAAAGCAUUUAUUUGAAAGACACGUGAUGACAUGGUUAAUGGUUAAAGCGUCUUUAAAUCUGUUCAGGAAUUAAGACAUUCAGACUUGAAUCUUGCAAUAAACACUUCAAAUUCAAGUUUCCCAAGUUGAGUGGACUUUACACUUAUUGCUUGAUUGGACAGCGUAGUUUAAUGAAGAAACUUGCGAAACCGCAGAACUGAAAUAAAAGACAGCACCUUACACACAGCAUAAAGACAUAGAUUGGAUUUCAAAUUUUGUUGGCAUCAUAAAUUAACAGCAGAAUGGCUGCUCCAGAUAUGGAGGUAAUUAAAGAAAUCCCAGGAUACAAAGUGAUUCUGAAAGCUGUCCUGAAGGCUCAAAUACAACAAUUGGUUGAGCAGUUAGCAGAAUACACAUCUGAGGAUUCUAUAAUCCUAACAGCUAGUAUUCACGAUGGCACACUCAGCCAUCUGGGAUCAGAUUCUGGGAAGUCCUUCCUUGAUGACCACGAGGAUGUAAAGUCGCAGUUCCUUGGCUUCUGUCUUAAAUAUCAUCAUAAGAAGAAGCAGGAACAAGAACAGAAAGAACGAGAGGAAGCUAUGCGUAAAGCUGCAGCGGCAGCAGCAGUUGCUGCUAAUACAUACAGUCCUCGUCACUACAUGCCAACGCGUUCCCCUCGACAUCCAUCGCCGAGGUUCAUGGGAGCUCGGCAUCCGUUACGGUCACCAAAUCAAAGACAUCAACCCUAUCCAAUCACAAGGCCAAUAAGAGCAGCAGCUAUGCCAGUUAGUUCUCCUAGUCCAUUAAAAUCACCUAAUAAACUUGACGGACAAAUUAUAAAAAUUGAACCGGAGGACAGCAAUGACGAAUCAUCCAAUCAAGAUUCUGCUGCGCCGGAAUCGGACAUUAACGCUCAAAGUUCUAGUCAGUCUCCAUCAAACGCACCUUCAACUCCAUCAAAAGUGAAAUCUGAAUCCGGUGAAAAGGAUGACGAUGCCAAAUCAGAAUCUUCAAACUCAACCAUUCCAAAUGAACCUCCAGCAGAAGGACUUAGUUUAGACUCAGACUUGUCAAAUUUGAUCUCAGGAAAUAACCAGGAGCAAAGUUCAGAGACAGCUAGUGAAAUGGACCCAAAUGUUAGUGUUAAAUUAGAAGCUUUAACUGAAAAUGAGAUGGAGUUAGAAAUAACGGGCGUAGAGCCCGGUAGACCUAUGGUGCCCCAGGAUAACUGGGAUCCUAGUGUUUCCAUGGGUAUGAACUAUGAUCCAACUGGUGCUACGGGAAACCCAGGUGAUAUGACAGCUCAAGGAUACAAGGAUCUGCCGCUGUUACUGCUAGAGAAGGAGGCUUCAAACCGUUCAUAUCAAGAUCAGCUUUUUGACAUUCUAAACACGUCUGGUCUAAACACCUCCGGACAUCAUAAUGUUGGCAGUCACAGAAAUGGAAACUUUUGGGAUGGCGCUCAAGAUCUCGGAGAAAAUCAAGUACUGUUCAAUCAAAUGAAUUUUGAAAACUCUGACACACGCAGAAAGUCAUAUACUGCUCCCGAAGAUGUUUCCAUGGUUACGGGUAACCAGAGUCUAAAUAUAGAUCCGGUUCCGAUGAAGAGUGUCAGCGGUCUGACAUUAUAUAAGUGCGAGGAGUGUGGCAAAUGCUUCUCUCGUAAAGACUUUUUAAAGCGGCAUGUGAUUAUACAUACAGGGUUACGGCCCUUUGUUUGUGACAUCUGUGGUCGAGGGUUUAAUGUGAAAACAAAUUUAAAUGCUCAUAAGAUGAAACUACACUACUUGAAGAAGUAUACCAGAAACAGUGGUUAUCAGUCAUCAACGCUGUCCCCUGAUUGGUCCAAUAUGGGCAUGGAAGGAAGCAAUUAUAUGGAGAUGUUCGACUCUACCAAUGGACCAUUUAAGCAUAAAAACCCCGGCCAAUUUCUUAGUCCAAAUACUGUAAUUACCCAGCAAGGCUGCAAGAGGAACACCUGUAAUAUAUGUGGCAAGUCAUUUACGAAAGAAUGGGGUUUAACUUUACAUAUGAGAAUUCAUACUGGAGAGAAACCUUACGAGUGUCCGAUAUAUUUGAUUAAUGUUUGGAAAAAACAGCCGGGGAUAUACAUCGAUGAUGCGUCUAGGUGUAAUGAGAUGGACUUUCCAAUAUCCAGUGAUUCCUACAAACAGAAUAAACAUCUAAAAGCUUAUGUAUGUUCUGUAUGUGGUCGUGCGUGCAAAUGGCCGUCGGAUUUAGAGAAACACUUGAGAAUACAUACCGGACAUCGACCAUAUUCGUGUGAUAUUUGUGGCAAGACGUUCGUACAAAAAAGUCACCUGAAACCCCAUGCUGCUACACAUAUAAGACGAGGGGAUAUGCCAUUUUGUGGAGAUGAAAGUAUGGGGUACCAGACAGAUUCUUGUUGGCAACGUACAAUACCUGGUCAAUCAAAGGACUUAAAGAACAAGACGUGCACAGUUUGUAAUAAAGUGUUUAGAAAUGCAUCCGCAGUUGUUGUUCACAUGAGAGUACAUACCGGUGAUAAACCAUAUACAUGUGACGUAUGUGGGAAAAAAUUCGCUCAGAAAAAUGCAGAAUUAGAAGAUCAGAGAAGCAAGGCAAAAGUUUGUCGUAUAUGUGGGAAGUACUUCGCAAAGCCGUCUGGAUUAGCGAUGCAUCUGCGUGUACACACGGGGGACAAGCCAUUUGAAUCGGUGAUGAUUAACCCAGACAUACAAGACACGGCUCAGAACCUGCCUACAGUUACAGACUAUGUAGGGGAGAGAAGUCAAGCAUCAAAGGUACCACACAAGAUGGAGGGCAAGACUUGUAACGUAUGCGGGAAAAUGUUCGCAACGAGAGGAGCGUUAGAGAUGCAUGUUCGGAUACAUACCGGGGAUAAACCGUUCGAGUGUAACGUCUGUCAUAAACGAUUUAACCAGAAAGGAAACUUAAAGGCCCACCAAAUGGUUCACCUUAAUAUGAGACUGGUUUAGUUAUUCAAUUAUUAUU